AUGAAUGCUGUCGUAAUACAAUUGCGACGGAAAAUCCAGCAGUAUAUCGAUUGGAGAACCCUGGACAGUGCGGUUCAAACACCUCAUUACGGGACUCAGCAGUCGCGAUCGAUUGGACGUCGAGCGUGGCUGCGUCCUUCGGGCAGCCUCCUUCGCAAUAUGAUCAGUGAAGGAGCGUAUAUCGAGCUGAUGAAGAAUUGCUCAAAAUGGAACGAACGUGCUUGCAAUGAAAGGAAAGCCAGACUUCGCUAUCCAUUUUUUGACCAACAAACCGGCACUGCGCAUCGCUUCAAUCCCGUCUUCUACCGGCUUCCAUCUCAGCGAUGCAGCGCUACUGAUGCGCACACUAUCGUUCAGUAUGUAACACAGCGAUGGCGACGUCGUCAGUCUGCAAACUCUUCGGAUGCGAUCGAAAUGAAGAUGUUUUUACGUGAUAAUCCUGCUCUUGACGCCGCCUUGAAUACAACGGCAGCAUCUGCUCAAGCUGAGGUCAUCGACACGAAUUUUGAUUACGGCCAAGCGAAGGGAACUCCGAAGGGAAUUUUUGAUUACAACGAAGAGGGUGACGAUGAUGCCUCUAAUGACGACGGUGGAAGUGACGAAGACGAUUGGGGAUCGAAACGGAAGAGUCGUAAGGCGCAAGGCAGUUCUUCGGGUGGUGGAGGAAGCGCAAAGAAUAAGAAGAAGGCGAGUGACUCGGGAAGAGCGGGUCGGUCUGGCGCCGCGGCAGCAAGUGCGGCGCAGGACGCGGCGGAUGAAGCGAACAAUUUCCACUGCACAUUGUGCUCAGCGUCCUACAAGAGUCUCGCGGGCUUAGCGUAUCACAAGGCAUUUCAACAUAACGAUCCACUACCCACUGGUACUAGUGUAGAAAUUUCACCUUUACUCGAAACUUCAUCAAUCUGUGAUUUGUGUUUGGGCAGCAAGAAUUUGAACAAAAAGACGAUGAAACCUGAGGAUCUUGUUGUUUGCCACGACUGCGGACGAUCAGCUCACCCGUCUUGCCUGAGUUUCAACGAGAACGUUCCCGUAAUCAUCAAACGCUAUGGAUGGCAGUGCAUCGAGUGUAAGAGUUGCACUAUCUGUGGGACAUCUGAGAACGACGAUAAACUCCUGUUUUGUGAUGAUUGUGACCGCGGUUACCAUACGUACUGUUUCACUCCAAAGAUGAAAAAUCUGCCAGAAAAUGAGUAUUCAUGCGCAUUAUGCCUCGGAACAUUUGGUGCGCGCGCCAGUGCAGCGCCAAAGAAGACUGGCACUGUUAACUAGUCCUUUCGGUCUGCUAGAUAUCCAAGGCGCAUAAUUAUACAUUAUAGGCAUGUCACUUUCAUUUAUCACAGAACGAGUUGUUGAUUAUUAUCGGUUGAAGAUCUCUCUGCCAUGUCGAGCAGCAUCAUCCUCAUUGUUCUCUUCACUUUUUGUUCACUACUUCGCUGCCUCAAGCACUUCUCUGGGUACUUUAUUUGUCGGCAACUAUGUUGCUGAGUGCUUCGUGUAGAUCUGUAUC